UUCCGGUUUGGGUAAGGAGAGCGGAAGUGCCACUGAUUGAAAGGAGGCGAAGGCCGGGAAACUAAAAUGGCGGCGGUUGGAUGCUGAGGAGAGAACUAGGAAGUGGCUCAAUAUCCCUCCCAUCCUCACAACAGCCCUGCAAGGUUCUCCAGAGGGGCGUUUGCCUCUGAGGCUGAGAGAGUGUGACUUACUUGGCCAAGGUCACCCAGUGGGUUUCUUCUACGGCCGAGACGCGAUUCGAACCCAGGUCUCCAGAGUCAUAGUCCUGCGCUCAAACCGCUACACCAGACGUUACUCAUAAAGCGUAAUUCUGAAUACAGUCGGCCCUCCAGAUCCACGGAUUCUUUCUCCUCGGUUUGAACAUCUUUUUGAAAUGUGCUGCUUUGCUGAAAAAAAACACAGCUGGACAAGAAGACUGUCAUUCAGUCUUUGCUGAGCAUCUGUCAUCAUAGUUCCCUGCUCUUUCUUAGACCAAAAAUGCACUGAAUUCCCCAAACAAUAAGGCACUUCUGUUUUUCGCAAUGGAUGAAGAGAGUCUGGAAGCAGCAAUUCAAACAUAUAAUGCUCAGCUGCAGCAAGUGGAACUGGCUCUGGGAGCUGGGCUGGAUCCAUCAGAACAGGCUGAUCUUAUCCAACUACAGUCGGAUUUAAAGCAGCUGAUAGAACUUACAGAAUCUAGCCUUGUGUCAGUGAAAAAGAGUAAACUCUGUUCAGGUCUGGACCCAGCGACACUGUCUGAUUCUCCAUCUACUCACCAGGUGCAAUGCAAUCGUGAGCCUGAUGACCAAAACACAGGUGAUGAAUAUGCAGCUUUCAAGGAAGCCAUUGCACAAAUUGAUGGUGAGGAUCAGCCCUCAAGCACUUGUAAUGAAGAGGGCAAUGAAGAGGAAGAGUUGGAGGAGGAGGAGGAGGAGGAGGAGGAGGAGGAAGAAGAAGAAGCCAGUGGGAUGAAAGUUAAAGCCCCAUACUAUAGUUCUUGGGGCACCCUUGAAUACCAUAAUGCCAUGAUUGUAGGAAGUGAAUGUUUGGAGGAUGGAACCCCAGGAGUCAGGGUGCUCUAUCUCUAUCCCACGCAUAAGUCCUUGAAGCCAUGUCCCUUCUUCUUGGAUGAUAAAUGCCGAUUUAAAGAAAAUUGCCGAUUUUCCCAUGGGCAGGUUGUACCUGUGGAAGAACUACGUCCCUUUGAAGAGCCUGACCUCAGUUGCCUGGCCGUCGGCUCAGCCUGUCUAGCAAGACACCAAGAUGGGAUCUGGUAUGCUGCUAAAAUCACAGACAUCGACAGCGGUUACUACACAGUGAAAUUUGAUUCACUGUUACUUAAAGAGGCUGUUGUGGAGGGUGAUGGAGUGAUGCCUCCGCUGCGUGGAGAGGAGAGCUCUUCCUCAUCUGAGUCGGAAGGUGAUGACAUUGAUGAUGCUGCAUAUGCUAAAGUCAUUGAUUCCAGCACAUCAGAGAACAUGGAAGGACCCUCCACUUGUAGUUCCUCCUUUGGCUGCUGGGAGGCACAUACCCGUGGCAUUGGCUCCAAACUCCUUGCUCAGAUGGGAUACGAAUUUGGGAAAGGUUUGGGAAAGAAUUCAGAGGGCCGAGUGGAGCCAGUCUUGGCUGUUGUGCUUCCGAAAGGCAAAUCCUUAGACCAGUGUGCUGAAAUCCUUCAGAAAAAGAGAGAAGGGAAGCUGGACCCAACCAAGCCCAAAAAACGGCGGGCGAAAGGGAACCGGGUGGCCCGGUCCUGUAGGCAAAGCCCAAAGCCCCGGAAUGUAUUUGACUUUCUGAAUGAGAAGCUUCAGGGCAAGGACUCCAGUAAGCAAGAGGGAGGGUUGGCACCAUUGGAGAGGAACAGCAAGGAAAUCUACCAUGCCAGCCAGAGCACCAAGAAGGCCUUAAGCGUUCGCCUCUUCCAGACGAUGGAAAAAAUUGACCAGACACAGAAGGACAUUCGAGGGAUUCAGGAGGCUCUGGCCCGCAACAUUGGGAGGCACACCAUUGCUACCGCUCAGCUGGAAGAGAAGCUAGCCGGGGCCCACAAGAAAUUGGGUGAACUACGGGCCCAGGAAGCCAGUCUCCAGCGAGAGCAGAAGAAGGCUGACACACAUAAGAAAAUGACUGAGUUCUAGUCUCCCUUCUUCAAACCUAUGUGAUGACUAAGUGGUGGUUCUGGGUGAAAUGUACAUUUAUUGUUGGGUAGGACACCUUCUAAUUCCAUUUUGGGAGGACUCCUUCACCCCAGACAUGCAAAAGAAAUAGUGAUGUGGACCACUGUUCCACUGACCUUUCUGCUUUGUGGAUUACAACCUUUACAUGGAACCACAAGGAAAUACUACAGAGCUACAGAGAAGCCUUCUGGGGCCUAGGGGUUCUAGCACGGCCCUACCUCUCUUCUGCCCAUCUCUGUGGCUCUUUCUGCUUCCACAGUUCCUCGGUAGCUGCAUGGUAGUGGAUCUACUCUGUCUGCCAGUAGUUAGAAACAGGGCAGCCAAGAAGGAGGGAGGAGGAAAUUGACUAGCAGUGCUGGGUUCUGUAGUACCCAUGGUUUUCUUGAAGAUAUUUGAUCCUUUUGUCAUGUCAGUUCUCAGGCUGGUAGGAUCAGUGUGAGGCACCAUGCCUCUGUGUCCCACCAUAUACAGCUCUUGGCACAUAGCAGUUCAGCAGCUCCGAAGUGGUUUGCUCCCUUCUUGUUGGCUAUGUGUCACAGUGGCUUGGUUCUUUGAUAGAUUGUGGCCUAUCACUGACUCCACAAAUAACUCUGGCACAAAUUCUAGAAAGCAAAUGGAAUUACUGUACUUUAUUACUUCAUAUAUGGUUGUCCCAAAUGGUGUGAAAUGCUGAUCCCAAGUCUCCUACAGCCACAGUCAGCCAGCAUUACCUUGUUUCUUAAACCACCCUGACAUCACAGGGCUGGGAAGGGGAUGGCUUGCAGACAGUGGUGCUCCUCAAAACAAGACCUAUGUGAUUCUUCUCUGAAGCUUACAACUUCUUCAGACAGAGCUCAAGUUGUAGCCUAGGAAAGCCUUUCUUGGAGCUGCUCAUACCCGCAGUCCCAAACAGGAUGGUAUCACAGAAGAGGGCAAGGUUUCAUCUCAGGAGGAAAAGGAGGCCUGCAAGGUUGGUGGUGCUACAUGUGCAUGUUCCCUGCGCAGGAGGCAGGGGAAGAAAGGCAGUGGGGUUUUUUUGUUGCAGAGGAGGCUUAGACAGCCGUUUAGCUUCCUGUAUAUGUUUCCUUUUUGGCUGUAACUUUUUUUUAGUUAAAAGAACAAUAAUUUGAUGCAUUGGUUCUUUUUGUUAGCCCUGAUUCUACACAAUUGCUAUAAAAAGUCUGACUUGG